CACGCGCGUUUUCGCCUCCGCCGCUUUUCUCUCGUUCCGGGAACCAACUCUGCCCCCAUUGCCGUCACCGGCGGCGAUGGAGCUGGAGGCGCGGAAGCUGUACGUCGGCGGCCUCCCGCCGUCGACGCAGCAGGACGAACUGAUGGAUCACUUCGGCCGCUACGGCGAGGUGCUGUGCGUCCGGGUCGUGCGGAACCACGAGACCGGACUGGGCCGAGGCUUCGCUUUCGUCGAGUUCGCCGAUGACGAGGGCCCGCGGGCCGCGCUCAAGGAGGAGGAGAAGGACAGCCACGUCUUCGGCGGCCGCACGGUUGAUGUCAAAAGAGCGAGAGUCAGACCAAUGCGAUAUCAAUCUGACCAACCCUUCUACAUGCAUUAUGCAUAUCCAAGUCCAGUUCAUAGCCAGUGGUAUCACCAAUCUUCUAGUAACAACUCAUAUGCUGCUAAUGGAUAUAGAGGUUCUGAUCCAAACAAGGUCUUUGUUGGAGGGCUGCGAGGUCACAUCACCAAGGAGGAUCUUAAAAGUUACUUUGAGAAGUUUGGUACCAUAAUUGAUGUUGUUGUCAUACAUGAUGGGCUUACUCAUAAGUCUAGAGGUUUUGGUUUCAUUACAUUUGAUUCUGAGGAGGCUAUGUUAAAGGUUUUGGAGAAUAGCUUUCAUGAUUUGAAUGGAACAAAGGUUGAAACUAAGGUCGCAAUACCGAAGGAUCGCUACUACUAUGACCAGGAUAGACGGCAGCAAAGUCCAAUGAUAUGGGGUGGAGUCGGUUCUUCUAUGGGCUUCCCUGGAGUGUAUCCACCAAAUAACAUGCAAUACAUCGUGAACAACCAUUACAUGGUCCCCUUUCAGCAGUAUAUGUACUCGCCUAACGGACAUGGAGAUUAUGGUUACGGUGGAGGUGUCAGUCCUAGUGUUGCUGCCAUGAUGACGAGGCAAAGUACUCCAGUUUAUAGCUAUGGAACACAAUAUAGUGGAAGUGAUAACAAAUUGCAUGACAUUGAAGACCUUCAACAAGUGAACGAAAAACCUUUGGACUUGGAGGCCAAGAACAUACCGGCUACUGUUACAACAUCGUAAUGAUGGACAUCAACAUGUUAACUGGGAACUCAGCAACUGUGAAGACUUGAUCUCAUAUUCUUCGGUGACAAUACAUCUCUGGAAAUGCUCCACUUACCCUUUCCUUUUCAACCUUGUCUAUAUUAAGUUCAGAGAACCAGCGGUUGACCUUUCCCUUACCAUGUUUAUUAUCACUGCUGUUACUAUUUUGCUGGUGGCAGAAUCUUUAUUGAAAUGAGACUUGGUUUCGCAAAUUAUGUGCAUGGUUAUUA